AUGGAGCCAGAACUUGAAUCCUUGAUUGGCUACAAGUUUCAUGAUCGAAGUUUGAUGGAGGAGGCCUUAGAAGAGGCCGGACCACAAACUGAGGGAAACGAGCGGUUGGCUUUGUUAGGAGACAAGGUUUUAUCACUCAUGUUACUUCAUCGUUGGUAUAUGGAAGGAAACACCACUGAGCAAGGGACGAACCUACUUCAGAUCUACGCCAGCAAUAAGCAGUUGACCUCCAGAGCCAGGGCUUUGGAUUUUCCGAAAUUCAUAACCCAAAGACUAGACCUGAAGAGAAGUGUGCCAGAUCAUACACUUGCUACCACGCUGAAGGCAAUAAUUGGUGCUGUUUGGCUUGAUUCCGAGGAAAGCGUACGGAAGGUGAAGAAUAGCAUGGACAAAAUCAGCCUUUAUCCUCCUAAGUUCGGCAACCAGAAGCGAUAG